UCCGCGUCCUGCGCCGCGCGAGCUCCAGUCGUCACCACACGGUCGCCAGAAGCUCCCGGCUCCGCCAGCCUCGGACCUCGCGCGCGCCACACGAAGCCCGGCUGACGUCAGCGAUGGAGAGCCUGCUGGACAACCCCAUGAAGGCCGUGCUGUACCUGAAGGAGCUCACCACCAUCGUGCAGAACCAGCAGAGCCUCAUCCAGACGCAGCGCCAGCGCAUCGACGAGCUCGAGCGCAAGGUGGAGGACCUGAUCGGGGAGAACCGGAACCUGCGCGACCCCCAUCACUACGUCCACCUCCCACCUAGCCAGCGGAGCGCCAGCCCUCAGGCGCCCGCCCACCUGCACCAGCACCCCGCCAGCACCAGAGCGGCGGCGCACCACCACCACCACCAGCAGCAGCAGCAGCAGCAGCAGCAGUCCGUCGCGCCGAGCCCGGCCCCGGCCCCGCUCGCCGCCCCGGCCUCGCACCACCCGCAGCACCUUCAGCUCGUGCCCACCUCCCCGCAGUCUCCCAGAGACAAGCCGGCGGCUCCCGAGUCGGCGGCGGAGGAGGAGGAGGACAAGAGGAGCCCGUGCUGCAGGUCCCUGGUUCCGCAGACCCCCACCACGCUGUGCCGCUCCGUGGGACUCGCCAGGAAGGCAGAGAACCAGACGGUGCUUCAUCAGUUCUGCUGUCCGGCUCCUGAAGCUCCGGAAGGGGAACCCUCCACGGCCUGUGUCCCCAGCGAUGACCUUUCUCCAGACUCGGGGCAGGAUGGUAAGGGAGGAGAGGGGGAGCUGCAGAGUGAGGCCCAGUCACAUCCGCAGCAGCAAGAGCCACAAACCCCACCCCAACAGCCACAACCCCAACCCCAACCUCAGCCUGAAGCGAAACUGCCACCACGGCCAGAAGUGACGCCGCAACACCGGCCGGAAGCCGUACAGGAGGAAGCGCCGCCGGAAGCCAGCCCCCAGCCCCAGCCUGAUGCCACCCCGAGCCCCCCGGCAGAGGCCCCUCCACAGCCCCAUCCUGAAGCCACCCUGCAGCAAGAACCCGAGGAACGAGCUCCAUCAGCUCCAAAGCCAGAGCAAGUGGAUGAACCAAAGGUGGAAGCCCCGACCCUCUCCCCGGUCAGAGCGGAGAAAUGUGGGUCCCAAAGUGUGCAGGAGCAGGAAGAAGAAGAAGCAAAGGAAAGUCAGGAGAAGGCGCCAGACAAGGCAGAGGAGGAGGAAGUGGGAGGAGCAAAAGGAGGUGGGGCAGGGAGGAGAGCCAGUCUGCACCACACCACCUCCCCCUUGAGGGUGCAGCGCAAUGGGGCCUCGCACUCGGCCACCUCCGACUAUGAGCUGUCGCUUGACCUCAAAAACAAGCAGAUCGAAAUGUUAGAGCACAAGUACGGUGGCCACCUCAUCUCCCGCCAUGCCGCCUGCAAAAUCCAGACUGCCUUCCGCCAGUACCAGCUCAGCAAAAACUUUGAGAAAAUCCGCAAUUCCCUCCUGGAGAGUCGCCUGCCUCGGCGAAUCUCCCUGCGCAAGGUCCGAGUACAAAACACGGAGGGUUUCUCUGCUGAGCGGGCGCUGGCCGAAGGCUGCCACCUGGCAGGCGUCCCACUGGUGCGCUCCCCGUCCUUACCCGCCACGGUGGGCGGCAGCCUCACCGACCUGGAGGACUCCUUCACCGAACAGGUCCAGUCCCUGGCCAAGUCCAUAGACGAUGCUCUCAGUAACUGGAGUCUGAAGACCAUGUGCUCGCUGCAGGAAGGCGGCGCCUACCAGUUCACUUCCGACUCCUUCAAAGCCGCCGUGGAUUCUGCGGCGGCCGGAGUGGAGGGCGGCGCGCUGGGGGAGGCGCUCGCUCAGCCAAGCCCGCUGGACCCCAGCGGGCUCUCCAAAAGUGCCAGCAAGCUGAUGAUGGCUUUCCGGGACGUGACCGUGCAGAUCGACAGUCAGAACAUCCGAGUCUCCUCUUCAGUUGUGGAGUCGUCCACUUCAGUCACGCUAGGGAGCAGCGUUCAGCAAGACGGGAGCUGGUUGAACUCCACUACAAAGGUCCCCAGCCCUGAACCCUCACCAGCGCCCCCUCCUCCUGUCAAGAUCCCAGAGCAACCCGUAGAUCUCCCUCCUCCCCCGCAAGAGACGCCUGUCCCACCUGAGCUGGAUGGGGAGGGAAGCGACCAGGACGCCGAGUUCCCGGCCCCGCCUCCCAGUGAAGAGCUGAGGGAAGAAGACCAGCCUCCCUUAACCCCUCUGAACAAGGUGGCUGCCAAAGAGCUGGUUGACUCCACGGUGCCAGCCCCGACACCGCAGGUGCCUGUAGCAGCGGGCGGGGCCUCUCUGGUGGUGGAGCCUCUGGGAGCCAAGAGGAGCGGCUCUGAAACAGCAGACAACAGCUCGGAGCAGAUGAGCAGCAGCAGCACUUCCACCGAGGCGCGCUCCACCUCCGAGGCCUCGUCCAAGGAGGCUCUUCAAGCCAUGAUCCUCAGCCUGCCGCGCUACCACUGUGAGAACCCUGCCAGCUGCAAGUCCCCCAUGUUGUCCACGGAUGUCAUGAGGAAACGCCUCUAUCGCAUCGGCCUCAAUCUCUUCAACGUGAACCCCGACAAAGGCCUGCAGUUUCUGAUCUCCAGAGGCUUCAUCCCGGACACUCCCAUCGGCGUCGCCCACUUCCUUCUUCAGAGGAAAGGUCUGAGUCGGCAGAUGAUCGGAGAGUUUCUGGGCAACAGCAAGAAGCCCUUCAACCGAGACGUCCUCGACUGCGUGGUGGAUGAGAUGGACUUCUCUGGGAUGGAGCUGGAUGAAGCUCUGAGGAAGUUCCAGGCCCACAUCCGUGUGCAGGGGGAGGCCCAGAAGGUGGAGCGUCUGAUCGAGGCCUUCAGUCAGCGCUACUGCAUGUGUAACCCGGAGGUGGUGCAGCAGUUCCACAACCCCGACACCAUCUUCAUCCUGGCCUUCGCCAUCAUCCUGCUGAACACUGACAUGUACAGCCCCAACAUCAAGCCGGACCGCAAGAUGCUCUUAGAGGAUUUCAUACGAAACCUGAGAGGUGUGGACGACGGAGCCGACAUCCCUCGUGACAUAGUGGUGGGCAUCUACGAGCGAAUACAGCUGAGAGAACUCCGCUCCAACGAAGACCAUGUGACCUACGUGUCGAAGGUGGAGCAGUCGAUCGUUGGCAUGAAAACGGUCCUGUCGGUCCCUCACCGAAGACUGGUCUGCUGCAGUCGACUCUUCGAGGUCACCGACGUGAACAAGGCCCAGAAGCAGGCGGCGCACCAGAGAGAAGUCUUCCUCUUCAACGAUCUCAUCGUGAUCCUGAAGCUCUGCCCGAAGAAGAAGAGCACGGCGGCGUACACCUUCUGCAAAGCCAUGGGUCUGCUGGGGAUGCAAUUCCACCUGUUUGACAACGAGUACUACCCUCACGGCAUCACCAUCAUCUCACCCUUCGGCUCCGACAAGAAGCAGGUUCUGCAUUUCUGCGCGCAAAGUGCCGAGGAGCUGCUGAAGUUCAUCGAAGACCUGAAGGAGUCCAUCGCCGAGGUGUCUGAGAUGGAGCAGAUCCGGAUCGAGUGGGAGCUGGAGAAGCAGCAGGGGGCCAAGGGUCACGCCAUCAAGAACAACGGCGCUCAGCGGGAGCUGCGUGGUAAACAAGGCCAGCCAGCAGGGAACCAGGAGCUGGACAGCAGAAGCAACGCCAUAGAGGUGUCCAUUCACAACAGGCUUCAGACGUACCAGCUCAGUCAGAGUCCCGAGAGGGGGCCAGUUCUUAACCCCCCCGAGGAGCCUCUGUUCCACCAGGGGCUGAUCCAGGGGCCGCUGCCGCCGCCACACCCCGCCCAUCACCCGUACCUCCAGCACUUCCUGCCGCCGGCCAUCAGCGUGGCAGACCUGCGCCCCGAGACGCUGAUCCAGUGUCAGCAGAUGGUGAAGUUCAUCAUGCUGGACGGGCGCGUGGGGGCCUUCUUCAGCCAGGGCCCCGUCCCCCACCACCAGCAGCAGCAGCAGCAGCAGCAGCAACUCAGCCGCUCGGCCACGUCCACGCCGGCGCGGGAGCUGUUGGCGGACCGCGGCGGCGUGGACGACGGCCACCAGCUCCCCCUCCCACCCCCGCCCCCGCCUUACCACCACCCGCACCAGUACAUGCCCCCGGACCCCCGGCUCGGCCUCCACCGGACCCCGAGUGGCUCUCAGAGCAUGCUCUGAAGGAAACACGGCCCCCUGUACAUAACCCUGUACAUAUAUAGGUACGGAGCGACACACUAGUAUAUGCAGAUAUUUAAGAACUGAGAUGGAACCUUCAGUGCAGAUAAAGUUUUGCUCCACACGUAUUUUCAAAUAAUAGUAGUUUUAUCACAUUUCUGAACCCUUUUGACUGAAGGGCACUCGGGGCCCCUGCUGCACGCCCGUGUGCUGGGAACAACGUGCCAAACGUUCACGCUUCCACCCCACAUCCACCACUUUGCACUUGACCGGGGCUUGAAGACGGACAGACGGACUGCCGAGGCACUCGCACCUCGCCUGGACGCACGGAUUCCACCUGGGAUCCAAGAGAAAAACCACACCAAAAAAGUGGAUCCUCUUCGUCUUCGUGUUUCUCAACGUCCUCGCCAGCACUGUCACGUCCUCGGAAGUGGACUGGAUGGAACCAGAGUGGGCGGCGCCACUCGGUCGACACUGUGCUGCUCUCUUGGCUUCCACAAUGCUGUUCUCUUUUCAGGGAGCUCUUCAUGUCUGCGCCAGUCUCGUCGACUCGCUGCUGCUCCCCCCGUGUCACCAGUGAUUUCACUUUGAGCGACAGAGGAUGAGUCAUUGUUUUAUUUAAGACUGAAGAUGAAAAGUUUCUUUCUUAAUCUCUUCAUCCACUGGCCAUUUGGCUUCCUCACGAUUACAGUGAAGGCGUCACGGGCGUGAUGUAACAGGCUCCGGCCAACAUCCUGGUUGGUCACAUUUUAAUCCCAAAAUGACAAUGUUAUUGUUUUUGGAACGGAACACAGAAAGAACGUGUGACCCAGCUCCGCCCCUGACCUUUGACCCUGUGUAGCUUGGCUCAGUUGCCAGGAAAUGAACGGUCAGUUUUGAGUCAGUACUCAAAGUACAGCUGAUACAUUUUAGGUCGUGGGGGCAGCAGCUGCCAAAAAGAGGUCCAGAAGAAGAGAGUUCUAAUGUCUAAAUCUUCUUCUCUGAGGAUAAAGUAGAAAUGGAGAGCCUUCUAGCUCAGCUCUGCCCCCCCUCCAGGCCCUGAUCAGUCCUGGAUGAGGUGUACAGUUGCAGAAACAUCUCAGGUGAAGCAAGGUGUCGGGCGCUGCUAGGAUCUCAUCCUUGGAAUCAAUCCUUUCCUCCAGUGCUUUGCCAGUGAUGAACUUUGAUGUUGCUGGGCCGCCGUGACUCGACACCCCCCCUCCCAGUCCCACCCACCCCACCAUUACCACAGCAUCCGCGAGAGAAAAAAACCAUUUGUCUGAAGCUUCUGCUCAGAGGGCCAUGACUCUGAGUAACAUCCCAGAUUCCAGGCGAGUCGUCGUCCACCCGUGAGCUGUUACCUGGAUUAAGAGCCAUGACGCUGUUUUUCUAGGCCGUGAAUAGCAUUUUAAAUCCAGCGACUUUUCAAUAUGGACUGAAUAGUUUUGUAUUUCACUCUUACAGCCGUGGAUUCUGUUUGGUUCUCCUCACGCAUGAGUCGGGUUGUGUAGCGAAGGCUGUAGUGCAUGACUGAGUUGCUGAAUGGGAUUGUUAUCAUUUCUUUUCUGUUCGGGGAAAAUGUGAAGAGAAAAAAAAAGCAUCUGGAGGUGAGUUUGUGGGUCUGUGCCUCCGGAUGGAAGCGCAGCUUUCCUCUCCGUCACCACCAUGUCCUGCACCGUGUGUGUACCAUACACCUCCACCUGUGAUAGCUAAGCUAAUGUAGCAUUUUGGGGUAGUCAGCACAUGAUAGAGAAGAGCAGUGGACGCUGAAAAAAAGGGCUCUUCCAUACAAGUGCUCUGCUUUAUGAAUGAAACGCAGAAUUUUCAACUCUGUUUGCUUCAGUUACUUAAAGAAGAAGACAGCAGGUGGCAGUAAGAGGUGUGAACUCUCACUUUGGAUCCCUCUCUACCUGUCUUUGCAGUAUAUUUACUUGCUAUUAAAAAUAUUUCAGUCUACGUCUCAUUUCCCUUGGUCUUUUUAAAGGUGGAGUUUGGGAGUCCGCGUGGUUUCCACAGAGCAAAUCGACGAGGCUUCGUGAAACAGUGUGCUCAUGGCCAGAGGCCACUAGAUGGAGCCCUUGGUUUACAGGUGAUGUGAGCUCUCGUUGAACGAGUUCAAACAUUAGAACAGCAGACAGCGCCAUCUGAAAACCAGGACACUGUUUGAUGAAACCUCACCUGCCCUUCGCUAGUAAAUACACUGAAUUAGACCUCGAUUGAAUUCAGACUGGAGCUGAUCUUAUAUGAAAAACAAAGCUGUGUCUUACUAAUAUUUUAUUGUUGAGCAACAUAAUACAGGUUUCCAUGGCAACACAGUCAAUGAAUGGCUUUGUUGGUGACGGUGCGUCACAAAGGCGGCGGAUUCUUGCGUUGACUUUGGUCCCUGGUGGGUUGGACUGAGAGGAUCCAGGUCUGAAGCCUCAGCAGUGACGCGGCUUCACAGCCAAGACAGAAUGAAGGUGUUGGGUUUGGUGCUGACUCCAUGUUGGAGCUUUGACUCAUAUGGCUGCUGUAGGUCCAGCCCUUUGAUCCUCAGAGCUUUGAUGGACGCUCCUCACCUUCACAAUGUGAUGUCAAGGUCGGUCACUUCUGCCCCCUGGUGUCUUCUCUGCUGUGAACUGGGGACGGUCUUAGCAGUCGGCCGUCAGUCAGGUGCUGCUUGUUUCAGCUGCCACCUGAUUGGUUGAAGGGUGUCUGGUUGGAACAAAGGAACUGGUGUGGACUCGGUCUCGUGUUUGUUGGUCUCUGCCGCGACACUACCUUCGACCUCGUCCACGUGAAAACACAAAUGUUUUCCUCGGCUGUUUUCACAAAACCCUUCCUUAAAAACAAACCUCGCGAUGCAGUUCCCAGUGUGUGGCGUGGUAAUGCGCUCACUACGAAAGAAGACUGUGUGGUGGCCUCCGGCUCUGAAGCCUCUGCUCGAAAGGUUACAUCUUGGAGCGACAGUUUGACUGAACAAUAAAUACAAUUAAAACUGACUUGAUUUAGCAACAAAAAUGCUAACUAGCGGGAUGCUAACAUGAAGAUGGUUCCUCAGGCAGCUGUGCAGUUUAGGUUCCACCCUGGACUGUCGUGCUGCGUUUGCCCUCUGGAUCACUCUGCAGUGAAAACGCACCACUCACACUUGGAUCUUCAGGCCAUUGCUGCUGGGGACCCCUCACUGUGGACGGAAAAGAAACCUGGAUCAUGGCAGUUCAGGGAGGUUUUGAUCCCCACAGCCGAGCGGUUAGACGGCAGCGUCCUCCGUGGUGUUGGGAAUGGCUUCAUGCUCUGCUGCUCUCUCGUCUUCCCGGGACAUCGUCAUCAACCUCCAACGCUGAGGACGGAGAAACACAAGCUUCCAGACACUUUUUGGACCUUGUUGUGUGAAGGUUUUGCUCAGGUGACUUGAAGAGCAGCCCGUGAGCUCCAGCGUCAGCAGCUGGUCAUAAUGUUACGGACCUGCUUGAGGCUUCCCUUGCUGGUGCAGAACAUGUAGAUGGCGUAGCCUGGGAUCAGAACCAUCGAGGACAGCGCCAUAAACCAGCCCACCACCUGACCCCACAUGGGGUACACGUAGGACCCCAAGGUCAGAGGGGUCAUCUCAAUGGCGCUGAAGGUGAACACACUCUGAGGAGCAGACUCACAUGUUCAGUUCACUUUUCCAAACACAGAACAGGUUCGACUUCAACGGCAGAGAAUGACUUCCUGACAUGACAUACUCCUGUGUGCCAAAGUUAUUAAGGCGUUAUUAUGUCUUUUCACACUAAACCGCAAGAGGGCGCUCCAGGCCUGUGUUGCUCAUUUCAGCAUUGGCAGCAACUUCUCCAAACAACAAAAGAAAUUCAUAUUCUGCAGAUGACAUGAUGCACGUAGUGAACUAUGCAGCAGAAACUUGUACUGGGACUGGAGCGAAGCAGAGGCUGCUCUGAGUGAGAUGGAGAUCAGUGGAAUAACUGGAAGUGCAGACGUCAGCGCCGUGCUAGAGGACGCGCUGCAUCUUCCACCUCCAGAGUGGUGACACCGAGGACGAGGACUGUAUUGGAUGAAGUGAUUUGGAGUGAGACCCAUGGUUUGCUGAACUCCUUCUAUAGUUUUCUGAGUAGCUCUUCACCGUUCACAUCCCUUCUCAGUGCGUUGUUCGUGCGUCAUGUGACGUGACUUGUUCCGCCUGUUGCCCUGUUGCUGUGUUAAAUUGCAAAAUGACAUGUCUGUCAUUGUUGUUGGAUUUUAUCACAUACAUUUCACCCAAACACGCGACUUCUAAUCCGGUCGACCUUUGGGGCAGGACGGGGGGAGCCCCAUCAGCCACCGUGGGCAGCAGAUGGAGGAGUGUUUUGACUCUCUUCUCUUCCCAUCCACUGAAGCCACCGACCUAUGGAGUGGAACUGCGCUGACUUGAUGAGAAAGCAGUUUGAACCGCUCCACAACUGUCUGACGUCCUUCAAUAAUGGCGUGCGUGUGUGUUGCACGCCAUUGACCUGCGAUCAAUGAGUCACGGACGUGGACGGGUCCAUGAUUUCCCCGAGGCGUCUGACACCCAGGAGACCGGAAGAGUGGCACGGCGCGGCGCGUAUGGGAGAAUCAAUGGGGCUACUGCCGUCCUACCAGGCAGAUGAGCGGCGUGAAGAACAUCCAGCAGAGCUUCCACCAGCCGCACGGCCGGUAGCCGAUCAUGUCCUCGAUAUCCUUGUAGAAGCGCUCGGCUCCUGUGAAGCGAGCGUCCAGGUCAAACGGUGAAUGAUUCUGCCGGAGGCCGCGCGGGGCACCUGACCUACCGUACAACCACGAUAUGGAAACGGUUUCGAAGAAGACGAGGAAGAGCAGACACAUGCCGCUGGCUGAGUAGUAGUCGAACAGCUUGAAGACGUAGAGACCCCCCUGAAGAUCACAUGACAUGAGUGCCGGAGCUCGACGCGCGCGUGCUGUCACUCACCUGUGUGAUGUUGGAGAAGCCGAUGAGGAAGGAGACCAGGCAGACCGCCAGGAUGAAGACCUUCUUCCUCCUCCUCAGCACCAAGGGGAACUCGUCGAUGAGGGCCGUGAUGAAACCUUCCACCGUGCAGAACUGGGAGAGGACAGCAUCAG